AUGCACGAUAACAAGAUUUACUACACACCGGAAUCAGCCAUUAUUUUACAAGAAUUAAAACAAAAAAAAUAAUUGAAACCAAGAUAAUUAUCUGAAGAUAAUCCUAAAAUCAAUUUAUAGGAGAUAAAAAUACCUCAAAGAAGCAGAUAAAUUUCUUUAACGAAAGAAUUGGAUUAUUAUGUAAAGAUGUCAAAGAAAGAGAAUAUGAAAGAAAAAUAAAAAAAGUUGAACUAAGACUUAGCUAGCUUUAAAUAUUAAUAUAAAGAUAUAUUGUCAGAUAACCCUUAUGUCAAUAAUAAACUCAAAAAAAACUUUUGUAAUCUGAAAUUUUCUGAUGAACAGAGAGAAACAUAUGCAAUUAGGUUGGGAAGAUUAGCAGUGAAACAUAAUGAACAAAUCAAAUAGAUGUAACGGAUAGUUAAUGAUAUUCAUGUAUGAUAGAGUAAUUGUAAUUUAGAAAAAAUAUGAAGCUCAUAAUGAAUAGUUAAAUUGUUAUAUGCCGAAAACAAUAGAAACCUUGGUUACAGAAAGUGAUUCUUAUAUAAAAAGUAGUAAAAUCUAUAAUCCUGAUAUUUUGGCAAAAUACUAAUAAUUAAAAUACUAGCAUUUUUGGAAUAAAAUACCUAAAACUUUAGCAAAUUGA